AUGCAAAUCAACCUACCGGAAAGUGGAACGUUCUUCUUCAUCAGCGAUCAUUGCCACGUGAUCGAGAACUGGCGCGAUGGCAUUCCUCAAGGCUGGCUAGCUCGCGACCAUCCAGCAUGGUUUCGCUCUACUCAGCGUCUCAAGCAGCUUGUGAGGCAGACUCGUGGUAGAGUGAUCCCUGGGCAUGAUGAGGAGACAUUCCUGGCACUACAGAAAGAGGCGUCUAGUCUGCCGAAUAAAGCUUUCUCGUGA